AUGCUGUUUUCCAGACGCACAGGCCUGGCCUUACUCUCGGCGAGCUGUUGGCUGAUGCCCUCGGCCCUGGCCGCCAACAUCACCGUAUACCAGCCGAACGUUGCGUUGUUGCCGUCGCCGCCACCGGCGCCUGGACCAGCCAAGGACUUUGAAGCCAUCAUCGAGCAGUUCAACCGUCUGGGUCGCUCGACCGUGUGGAACCUGGUCAAGAAAAUCCGCUUUGAAGGCGACUCCGGAGAGCCCGAGGGCAUGGUCAAUCUGGGCGAGGAGCGGUACAUCGUCGGCGAAAACCACUACACAAAUGUCACCGCCUCAUACGGCAAGAAUGUCAUCAUCAACGGCACCGAUCGCACCCCGGGCGCCGGGUACGCUCAUCUGGCCGUAUACGAUGCCCAAGGGAAGCGGAUCGCCGACGCGACUCUGACCGCUCCAGGGGCCAUCCAAUACCACAUCGGGGGCAUCGACUACGAUGGCGAGAGGAUCUGGGCAACUAUCGCCCAGUACCGACCCAACACUACCGCGACCAUCAUCUCCGUUGAUCCGUUCACCUUGAACUAUCAGAACAUCACCAGCUACAAUGACCACCUGGGGGGCAUUGUUCAUGACAAGCAGACCAACCAACUCAGCACCCUCAACUGGGGUGCGCGCAACGCCACGACCUGGAAUUUGAAUUCCGGUGCCCUGAGACAUCCCUCCUCCGGGUUCAGCCAGCCCCUGGCCGUGGUGCGCAACCCGACCUUCUUCAUCGACUACCAGGAUUGCAAAUUCCUUGGCCAUUCCAGAGUCUAUGACUAUCGUGCGGUGAUGAUGUGCAGCGGCUUAGCCACCUACCCGAACAACGUCACCGUCGGCGGUGUUGGUAUUGUCGACACGGAAACCAUGGUCCCGUUAUCGGAAUUACCCUUGCCCAUGGUCAGUGAUCUCGGGAUGCCUAUCACCGUGAAUCCUUUCGACGUGGCUCUGGUCAACGGCACCAUGCGCUUGUACUUCUUGCCUGAUCAGCACAACUCGACACUAUACGUGUACGAGCCAGUACAAGACAGUCCUUAUGAGUACUAA